AUGAGCAAGGAUAAGCUGAGCAAGCAGGUGCCGGACUGCCCUGGACCUCUGUCCCCGUCCAAAGGCCAGAAACCCAGCAGGAUGCCCAAAUGCUCCCGCUGCAGGAACCACGGCUACGUUUCUCCUCUCAAGGGCCAUAAACGUUUUUGCAGUUGGAGGGACUGCCAGUGUGCCAAAUGCAAACUUAUAGCUGAGAGGCAGAGAGUCAUGGCGGCGCAGGUCGCUCUGAGACGGCAGCAGGCUCAGGAGGAGGAGCUUGGGAUUUGUAGUCCUGUGUCUCUGGCCGGCCCUGAGGUGAUGGUGAAGAAUGAAUCCGGAGCCGACUGCCUGUUCUCUGUAGAUGGGCGAUCCCAGACACCUACCGGCACCCCCACCUCUUCUCUUGCUGUCACAGGGAGUCGCUCCACAUCGUCUGCCAGCCCGUCGGCCAGCGCCAGAGCUCACACUGAUGGACAGUCGGACCUGCUCCUGGAGACUUCCUACUACAACUUAUACCAGCCGUCCCGCUACCCCGCCUACUACAGCAACCUCUACAACUACCAGCAAUACCAGGUGGAUGAUAAUAAUAUAAGGUGGUGUAGAGCUUCCAGACAGGAGAUGGUGCCAGAUAAGAAGACAGGCCCUCUCAGGGAGAUGCCCCACAGUGACGGCCGCCUGUCGGGCCACAACGUGUCCUCUCAGUACCGCAUGCACUCCUACUACCCAGCAGCCACCUACCUCACCCAGGGCCUGGGCUCCACCACCUGUGUGCCACCGCUCUUCACCCUGGAGGACAACAACAAUAGCAACAACAACUGCUCCGAGACUAUGGCGGCAUCGGCUUUCUCACCCAGCAGCAUCUCCGCUGGCCACGACACCAUGAGCUGCCGGUCCAUCAGCUCUCUGGUUAACUCUGAUGCCAAAGCUGAAUGUGAGGUUAGCAACGAGACGCCCAACUUCACCGUCAACUCCAUCAUCGACGGCGAUGCCACCAAAUAA